AUGACAGACACAUUUUCAUCCGUGCCGAUCGUCGACUUCGCUCGGCUGAACGACCCUGUGACGAAAAAUGAGGAGCUUUCAAAUCUGCGUGAAGCCAUCUUUGUCGUUGGCUUCCUAUAUUUGACCAACACGGGAUUGGAGAGCCUAAUCCAUCAUACCCAUAAAUAUCUACCCAAACUAUUUGCCCUGUCGACAGCGGCCAAGGAGAAAUGUAAUAUGAUUAACUCGCCAUCGUUUCUUGGCUAUACUCGGCUCGGUGCCGAGACCACUGCGGCAAAAACAGAUCUCCGCGAGCAAUUUGACUUUGGCACCCCUGGCGUGAAACCCUGGACAGAACAGGACCCGUUUUGGCAACGGCUUGAAGGGCCUAAUCAGUAUCCAGAUUACCCUGCGGCUCAAGACCUGGUCGACGCAUAUAUCGCGAAGACUGAUAGCCUGGCGCAAGCAUUCGUACGCCUCGUCGCAGAAUGCUUGUCCCUCCCACGGAAGACAUUCGAUGGGUUCAGGGGCAAUAUGAGCCGACUCAAGUUUGUCAAAUACCCACCCGCCCGGCAAAACUCCCAAGGUGUUGGCCCUCACAAGGACUCAGCCGGUCUUUUUACCUUCCUGUCCCAGGAUAAUACAGGAGGACUACAGGUACUCAAUAAGAAUGGAGAAUGGAUCGAUGUACCUCCCCUUGAGGGGAGUCUAGUUGUGAAUAUCCAACAGGGAUUCGAAGCAAUUACUGGAGGCAUUUGCGCGGCUACGACACAUCGAGUUAUCGCGCCCACUUCUCAAACGCGUUAUAGCAUCCCGUUCUUCCAGGGUGUGAGACUAGACUUGACGUUAGAUCAGCUGAAGGAAUCCGCUGCCCACAUCGUGGAGCGAAUUCCAGUCUCUGACGACCAGAAGAAGCGGGCGGUUGAUGUGCCGAGUGAAUUUCUUUCUCCCCUAUAUUCUUGCUUCGGCGAGGCUCACUUGAGAAAUCGUAUCCUAAGCCAUCCGGAUGUGGGCCAGCGGUGGUAUUCGGAGCUAUAUGCCAAGUAUUCUCAGCAGGUCCUCAAAUAA